AUGUCCAACAAGGCUCUUGUCUUCAAGAAGGUCCCUCAGGGAUACCCCGUCCCCGGGGAGCACAUCGUGAUCGAGCAGGCCUCGUACGAUGCCAACACCCCUGCUCCGGAGAAUGGAGUCGUCCUGCAGUCCCUCUACACCAGCUUCGACCCUUACAUGCGUGGCCGCAUGCGCCCCGCGGAGACCAAGUCGUACAGCCCCGCGUUCCCUUUGAACAAGCCCAUCGACAGCGCGUCCAUUGCCAAGGUUGUCCGCUCCAACAACGCCAACUACAAGGAGGGUGAUCUCGUCAUCGGCUACAUGCCCAUCCAGGAGUAUGUUGCUCUGGGUGCGGAGCAGCUCGCCUCCAUCAAGCCCCUCGACAACCCCCUGGGCAUUGAGGACGUCCGCGUUUUCCUUGGCGCUCUGGGCAUGCCCGGUCUGACCGCCUACUCUUCCCUCUACGAGAUCGGAAAGCCCAAGAAGGGCGAGACCAUCUUCGUCUCCGCCGCCAGCGGUGCUGUCGGUCAGCUCGUCGGCCAGCUUGCCAAGCAUGAGGGUCUGAAGGUCAUCGGUAGUGUCGGAUCGGACGAGAAGCUGGAGUACAUCACCAAGGACCUCGGCUUCGAUGGUGGUUUCAACUACAAGAAAGAAACCCCCAAGGAUGCGCUCGCCCGCCUUGCUCCCCAGGGCAUUGACAUCUACUACGAGAACGUCGGCGGUGUGCACCUGGAGGCCGCCCUGGAUGCCCUCAACAACUUCGGCCGCAUCGUGGUGUGCGGUCUGAUCUCCCAGUACAACUCGGAGCCCUACCCGAUCAAGAACAUCCACAACGUGCUCAUCAAGCGUCUGGACAUGCGCGGAUUCAUCGUCAGCGACAAGGGUAUGGGUGACAAGUACACCGAGGAGCACCAGAAGAACGUGCAGAAGUGGAUCAAGGAGGGCUCGUUCAAGGCCCUCAUCCACGAGACGGAGGGUAUCGACAAUGCCGCUGACGGCUUGGUGGGUAUCUUCUAUGGCAAGAACAAGGGCAAGGCUGUUCUGAAGUUUUAA